CAAGCGGGACAAUCACAACUCAUAUUCCUCGGUAGGCCAACCGAAAGAUGAACAAACAAGGCAAGCAACAAUGGAGGCCUACCGAAUUAAUUCAAGCACAAACCAAUUCCCGAAAUUCCCCACUAAACCACAAUAUCAAUCCUCCACAAAUGACAAGUAAAAGUAUAGAAGCAAACCUGGAGGCACAAGAGGAUAUCGUGGGGAAGGUGAGGGAAGACCGAGAGACCACCAAAAUCGCCGGGAAACUCGCCGGGAGGCUCGCCGGAGUUUCGUCGCUGGCGACUUCACCUGAGCCAAACUCACCCAAAGCUUUGGGGAAUGAAGCCCCAAGUACCAGGAACGCGGUGGUGGUCGCGGUUUCUCGAUCAGAGAUCCGAGGAGGGAGAUCGGGCCGGAGGAACACCGAAGGGUCGCGGUUUUCCGGCGACCCAAACCACCACGAAACUCGACCCCACUGGUAUAGACUUGUGGGCGCCGACGAGAGGAGCACGGGGGUGGUCUCGGAAUUUAAUUUGGACCUCCGGUGAGCGAGAUAUGGUUGGAAAACCACCGGAGAAGAGAGUGGUUCGAGUUUUCCGGUGAGAGGGGAGAGAAACUGACCAGAAAAAUGGGGGAGAGAGAGAGUGGGGUCUCGGCCGCCACUUUUUAAACGAGGCUCGGGGGGAAUUACGGGCAGGAUUACGGCCGUAAUUCCCCCUGGCCUUGCCCGUAAUUUAAUGGCCGAGCGCACUCUGCCCCUUCUGGGCGAAUUACGGGCAGGGGUGUUAAGAAUUACGACCGUAAUUCUUACCCCCUUGCCCGUAAUUUCUAUGCCGAGCCCGUUUUUCAGUUUUGCUGUUCUGGAAAAAAUUACGGGCAGGGGG